CCAUUCCAUUUCUGUGCCGAGGAUGCCGAGGCAACAAUCCAGUUUUCCACAUUGUCACAGAUCAAUGCUCCAAUGAAUGUUAAAAUGAUUUCAAAAUGUAUUUGAAUGCCCCAUUCAAAGUCCCCACAUUUGCUAUAAGGACAGAGGAAGCCAUUGUAUCCUUUAUAUCUGUUCUGUCUUCCUAUGCCAGCUUGGCUGGACUAUUGGUUCUCUCCUUUGAUUAGCUUUGGUUACAUUACCCUUAACUACAUAGAUUAAACAGGAAACUAUCAAUUUACCUGGGCUCUGGAGCUAUUCUGCAGUAGCCUGUUCAAGUAUUUCCUCCACUCAGUGCUUUCUGUCAAAAUCAUCAUUGGAAGUGUUGUUUCACUUUGGCAUUUAUUUCUCCUCGUUCUGCACAAGGAACUAUUGGACACAGAAUCGCUCUAUCCCGUCCAGGAAACAGCUAAUUUACCUGAAACACAUCUAUUUCGUCCAUUUAUCUUCUACGCUCAGCAUUGUACAUGUAGACUGCUGUCAUAAUUCACACCAAGUAGCCUGGAAUUGUUUCUCUAAUUCUUCAGAGGUCUAAUCUCACAAAUGUCGCCCCUGUCCACUGAGCCAAGACUGCGCCACCAUCGAGAAUUUUUCAAUGGAUCAAACAGAGCAACUGUCGCUUUCCAUCUCGAAUCUUGGCUCACUCAGUUAAAAUACACGCGUUAUUCAAUUCUAUGCAGUGUGUUUUCCUAUUAGCUUUGACUGAGACCUUGUUCAGUAAAGUCGCACCCCGUUCUCCUGAUGGCAACUUUUCCCUGACACACCGGAGCUGUUUCUGUCGCACUGCAGUACUUAUUCUGAGCGUUCAAUACCCUUUAGUGCUCCCUUGUCACCUUCCCCUCCAUCCAACACCAUUAUUCACACUUUAUUUUGUAUAAUCCGUAGUUGUCCACCCAACACCAAUUCCUUCUGACAGACUCACAGCAACACCAGUUUGCUUUCAUUUAUAUAGCGGCUUUAACGGAGUAUCACGGCCCAAGGCGCUUCACGUGAACCAGCAUGAAACGAUAUUAGACACCAUGUAACGGACGGAGAUUUUAGGGCCGGAGGCCAAAUUCUAUGCCGAACAAGCAGAUGCACGAAGAAAUCCAAAGAUAUCAUUUGACCAACCGACUGGUGUUUACUUAGAAACAGAGGAUGUCACCAUUACGUGCACUGUGCAGGCAAUGAUGAUAAGCUAUUAUGAUAAAGCCUUCUGCAUUUACAAGGAUAAUCAAGUACUCAGCCGUUCUCCUGUUUCCAAACAGCGUGAACGUGCAAUGUUCUCGAUUCCUGCUUUUAACCAUGGAGGGCGGUAUCAAUGCGGAUAUUGUUCUGGGAUUUCACAGUUCUUUUCCCCAAUGAGCGAAGCUGUGAUGGUUACUGUAGCAGAGCCGCUAAGAAAAUCAGUGAUAACAAUUGAUCAAUCGACAGGGGUGUAUGUCAUAGGAGAGACUGUCACCAUGACCUGCAGUGUGACUGGGGAUGAUCGUCAGAAAACCUUCAAUUUUUACAAAGAUGAUGCACUGCAGUACUCAAGGCGACUCGAUACAAAUGUCAAUACUGGAACUUUACCGGUUGCUGGUAAAAGAAGCAAAGUGCGAUACCAAUGUCAAUACGGAAUUUCCAUCGGGGGUCGGCAUCUAACAUCGCCAAAGAGCGAGGCUGUGACCGUGACUACGAGAGGUCCGCUAAAAAUCCCAGUGAUAUCUCUUGAUCAAACCACAGGGGUGUAUGCAGCAGGAGAGACGAUCAACAUGACCUGCACCGUGACCGGUGAUAAUCGCAAUAAAAUGUUUUAUUUUUAUAAAGGGCAUCAACAGUUGUCCCCUAGUCCAAUCAUCACAAAUACCAAUUCUUUAAGAUUCCCGAAUACCAGUCCAAGCAACAGCGGACAAUACCAAUGUCAAUAUAGAAUUACCUUCCAGAGCAGGCAUUUGGAUUCCAAAUUGAGCCAGGCUGUAACGGUGACCAUAGCAGAUCUUCCCGAACCAGACAUAUCUGUGGACUCUAGCGCUGUUCUUCUGGGUGGAGCUGUCACAUUUAACUGUACAAGCCCCGGGGACAAUCCCGCCAUCACAUUUUACCUAUACAGAGAAGGAGAUGUGAAUCACGAUGGGUUGAAGUCUGCUGCUUCAGGGAACAAUUCUGUCACCUUCACCAUCAGGAAUAUCCAUCACUCUGAGAUAGGAAGUUACACCUGUCGCUAUGAAGUGCUGCUUAACGGAAGAAAGCUAGCCUCAGCUCUGAGUGACCCUGUGCACAUCACUGUAACAGCUUACAAUUCUACACCAAUUCGUUUGGGUCCCGGGGCACUGAUCAUGUUUGGGAUUGUGAUUAUCCUGGGAAUAGAGUUCAAUCCGAUCAAGAGAAACAAGGGCUGUAAAGGUGCCGAUACUGAUGGAGUACAUUGUCUCGCUAAUGACGAUGAAGAGGCGACAGAGUGAGAGUGCUUUAUUCAGGAUGUUACAUAAAUCCGACAUUUUAAAACAGAAUUAAGAUUGGUAUUACACAAAACUGUACAAACAAAUUUUAUUUUGUCCAUCGAAUUACCAGUACGAUAACUUUAACCGUUACGUCAAUCAAUUUCCGUUUGUGUGCAUGCUCCUGUAUGUGUGUGUGUGUGAGAGAGAGAUAGAAUGUGUGUACCUGAGUGCGUGUGUGCUUCUUUCUG